AUGGCGGGGUAAGUCAACCCGACUGAUUACUGUGAUCAGGUGGUCGAUGCUCAUGCGGUGUACUCUCCCCGCUCGCUCUGUCGCGUCGUAUCCGUGCUCAGUGAUCCGCUCUCGGACCCCCUAUCAUCGUCAUCGUCAUCGUCAUCGUCACCGCCCUCGUCAGCCUUGCUUCGUCCAGGUAGUACCAACCCACAGUUCCAAACCUCCUCGCCUUUGUCACCUUUACCAACAUCUUCCGAGUGGUUGGCUCCACCUUCCCUUAGGAGCAAGCGAACGGUCUCGCCAUCGUCGUCAUCGUCGUUCUCGGCGACGUCGGCAUGGGCGCGACAGCAUCUCGAGCAGGAGGCCCGUCUCUUUUCCGGCGGCGAGUGGGACCGCGAACCGAACGGUUACCUUGAUGUAGACGUAGCAAGCCCACACGAACAGCGCGAAGACGGCAACCCGUCGCCAUCGCCCCCUUUACCACCCCACACUCAGCAGCAAGAACGGAGAAAGUCGUCGCUGUCCGCAACAGCCCCCGCUUUCGUCGCCCCCGUAUUGGCCAAACCCAGCGCAGCACUGGAUCCCACCUCGUCGUCGUUCGUCCCACCGUUCUUGUCAACGGAUACGGGGCCGACGCGACCCAUCACCAUACAUCGAUCGCCGUCGUCGACCAUCACGCGCAAGCGUACCUCGUCCAAUUCGGCCGUCCGCGACCCCUCUGGCACGCCGACCCUGUCCACCAGCUAUGGCAUCUCCGUCACCCCAACUGGCAUACAUUCCCUUCUUCACAAUGACAAUCCUAUAGGCAUGUCGACCACUCCGUCGACCGCUCGACCGUCACGGUUGGAGGUCCUCGACACCGCCACGUUGGGCCCGACCCCCUUUUCCAACUCGUCGCGAACCGACAGGGACAUCCUGCAAUCCAUGAUCGCCGCGGCGUGCACGGCCGGUGAACUGAACCGACUCAAGUCACUACUUAGCGAUUCGACCGGUGACGACGAGGACCACUUCCCGACCGGUUUCGCGCUGGCGAAUCAACCUAGCGCGUCAGGUCAAACCCCACUCCAGCUCGCCUCGGCCAGGGGACACGCAGACCUCGUGAGAUGGCUCGUCAGUCAAGCUGGCGCUUUGGCUGAUUUGGAAGACGUCGAUGGAGAGACGGCUUUGCACAAAGCUGCGUUCAAGGGCCAUAUCGACGUGUGUCGGUUUCUCGUCAAUGAGGCGGGUGUCAACGUCGACUCGCAGGACAACGAUGGGUGGACAGUGAGUAUCGGUUCUCUCAGUACGCUGAUGUCACAGGUGAUUGAUAUCUGCAUCAUAUUCUCAUGCGUUCAUAGCCCCUGCAUAAUGCAUCUUCGCUCGGCUGGCUCGACAUCGCCACGCUCCUCAUCGACUCGGGUGCGAGCAUCGACCUAAAAUCCAGGCACGGGUUCACGGCAUUGAUGAACGCAGCGUCCAAGGGUCACCUGCCGAUCAUCCAUUUCCUCCUCAAGCGUGGUGCAAAUCCUAUGGUACGCAACGCUUGGGGCGAGGCAGCGUACGAUCGUGAGUCAGACUGGGACCGGGUUCAACCGAAGACGAAUCUCGAAUCUCCCACUAACAAGCCAGGGCGCUUCUUCCCGUCCAUGACAGUUGCUGCUGCCGUCUUUGAAGCGCGCAUCUGCUCGGUUCUAGCCUCGUACGAAGCGACGCGAUGGACUGAGUUUUCAUUUCAGAGCUUGACGGACUACAACGCUCUCGCUCUCCACUCGACCGUGGCCGUCGUAUUGGAGGAGAACCAACGACUGGCCAAGCCGACGCUCAGGAAGAUCUCAAGCCUCGGCGCCGCAUUCAAUGCAAACCCAUGGACAUCAAGGGCUCUUAGUCGCAAUGACAAGCGAGCGGCAUUUACGAUCCCCAAGCAGCCGACCAGCCAGAUCGAGGAUCUUCCGGUCUCCAAGAGCGAGGUCGGACUGCCCAUCGUAGGCAAAGAAUGCGACCUCGUGCUGCCUGCUCGCCGUGAGAUACGGUCGGGAGGUCGUGUCGGUGGAGGAGGUGUGUCGCGGACAAACAGCAACAGCAGCAGCGGCAAAGCUGUUGACGAUUCCGCGGCUUUCAGAUCGCUCUCUGCAGUUCUGUCGGCCGGAGGCGAGCCGGUCAGCCCCUCAGCCCAUCCCUCGUCAUCUAUGGAUGCUGGGGAGCCGGCUUGGUAUUGGCUUUCAGACUGGACCGUCGACUUGACCGACCAUCUAUCGUCACCUGAAGAUGGUUGGUCCUACGCAACUUCGUUUCAAGCUGCACCAGACGAAUGGUCGUCGGAGCCUUCGGCGGAGCUGGCCCGUGUCCUGAGUGGAUCGGCUUCAAGCUGGGGCGGGCAGAAAUGGGUCAGAAGGCGGAGAUGGAUCAGAGUAGCCAGGAGACGGUCGGACCUUCCGAACUUCGGAUACGCCGACCUGACGACCUCGGGGCCCACGGAUUUGGCCGAGUCUGCAGAUCGCGUCGAUGCAAUCGGGAAUGAGAUUUCAUCAUCGGUCAAGGUCAGCCAGGUUGACUAUCUUGUUCGCGCCCACUUCCUCGCCAAGAACCAUUUCGCCGUUUUUGAUGGUACACAAGACGUCGCUGCACUUCGCAAAGCUGUCGCGAGUCUCGAUCGAGCGGCGGAUGAGCUGAGGCAAGGCAUGAGCGCCGAUGAAAAUUGCGAGAGAAGAAGGCAGGCAGAAGCUGAGCUCGAGAUUGUUCUGCGCCAGUUGACUUUGGUCAAGUCAAGUUUGCCUCAUUCUGAGGCAGAGGAAGGUGUGGGAUUCCUGCAAGUCAGAUCAAGAUCCGGAGGGCAUACCGACUGAUAUUCGUCGCGAAUCUUUACCUUUUGCAGAGUCUGACGACGAGUUCGUGUACGACGGACAGGACGCGGAUCCCGACGAGGAUCGCCGGUCCGUGUACACGAGUCAUAGCGCUGCGACCCCACCUAGUCUCAUAUCGACGCAGUCUGCCCAAUCGGCCCCAGUGACCAGUGCUCCAGAAUAUUUCGGGUUCUCGGCAAGCACGUCGCAGUUCCCUGAUCUUACACCACAAUUGUCAGGCGCUCCCGACUUCCGCGUCCCUUUGCACGAGACCCGACCUCCUAUCAAUCGGACCCAUACGUCGUCUUCAAGGGCCCUUCCACCCAUCCCGGGAAGCGACUCACGUACGGCGGUCUGGGAAUCUGACGAAGCCGUCAGCGAGUGUCGCAACUGCUUGAAAAAGUUCUCGUUCUUUGUUCGCAAGCAUCAUUGUCGCCGGUCAGUUCAGCUCUGCGUUUUGUCAAAAGACGCGCACUCACUUUCAAUGCUCAUUUAUCUCUGAAACAGAUGCGGUCUGAUCUUUUGCCAUUCGUGUUCGAGCAACCUUGACCAUCUCGAUUCGUCCGAAGUGGUUGAAGAACCGUCUGCACGGUUCCGCGAAGACAACUUUUCGUCCAUCCACCGAACUUGUGGGGACUGCCAUGCUGCCAUCUCCUUCACCCUCCCGCCUGUCCACUCGACGUCGACCUUCUUCUCACGACCAAGUCCUUCCACUUUGCCGUCGACACACACGAACAAUGGUGUAGCCUCGGCGAGCACCUCGGACGCAGGGGCGUCGGACGCUUCCGACCUUGCCGACUGCCCAGUUUGCGGACUUGUGCUUGCUUCGCUCGGUGAUGGAGAGGAGCAAGAGCUCCACGUCAAAAUCUGUUUGGAGUCCGGCGGCGGAUCGAUCGUCCAGAAUGGUCGCUACCUCGUCUUCCGCCUCCAACCGGGGCCACUGGAGAACUCGGAAUGCGGCAUCUGCUACGACGAGUUCAGCGUCGGCGACAAACUGGCUCGGCUGAACUGCCUUUGCUAUUUCCAUGGGACUUGCAUCAAGUCGUGGUUGGAGAGGGGCAAGUCGUGCCCCUACCACAUGAGUCGUGACUGA